UGCCUCUAGGACAUGCCUGGAGGCCCUGAAGGGCCUCUUCUGGACCACCAACUACUGGGAGGUGUUCGCCUGCCUCAAGCUGCAGAAGGCCUGGGAACUCUUUGAACACCUGGAAACCUACACAGAGGGGGUGACCCUCUUGGCCAGAGCCAUGGCCCAGCAUGACUGUGAGGUCCAGGCCGUCUUGGGGCAGGCGGUCAUCCUCCUGACGAGCUCCGAGGAACGAGACAACAUCGUGGCCGUCCUCCUCGUCACGGAGUUUCUCAACAGUCAUGAUCUCACCCAGUACAUGUCUCGGAAAUCCAUGGACAACUGCCUGAGCCUGAGCCUGAAAAACCCCAACCAGCUGGUGCGGGCCAUGAGCCUGAAGGGCCUCAGAAGUAUCCGGAUGCACCCUAAGAAGGUGGGCCUGCUCCAGAACUGGCUGAACAGGCUGCUGGACAGCUUUCUGACGCCUGAGCCCCAGGACCUCAUGGGCCUGAUGAAGAUCGUGGGUGACAUCCUGUGCCACCUGGGCGUGCAGGGCGUCGGUGCUUUCAGCCUCCAGAUAGCCCAGAACCUGCGGCCGCUGUUUGAUGAUGACCGGGAAGACGUGCGUGGAGGGGCCAUCUUCCUGUACGGAAAUGUCAUCUACAGUGGCGGCAGGAGGUAUCAGCCGGCGCUCAGGAAGCACGCCUUCUGGUCUCUGGUGCCGCUGCUCUUCCACCUGGCUGACUCCUGCCCUGCCGUGGUCACGAAGACAAAGUUCACCUUCCUACGCUGUGCCAUCUUGCUCAAGUGGGAGUUUCGGAAGGAACUGUUCAGCAGAUUGGCAUGGGGUCAUGGCGUGGGUGCCGAGAGCGACAUUUUUAUGUACAUGGUGGAGAGCAACUUUACCAACCACCACCAGUUUUUCAUGCAGGCCUUGAUUUACCUGAGCAGCCCUCACAAAAACCUGAAGCUGACGGCCAUGAAGUUCAUCGGGGGGAUACUGCAGGACUACUUCGGCAGCCUCUGCUUCUCCUUAAAGACGGACGACGUGAAAACCCUCAGGAAACAAUUCGAGGUCCUCAAGCAGGAGCACGACUCUGUCAGCCGCAAGUUCUACCACAACCACUUGGACGACAUCAUCGAACUGUCCCAGAGCGUGACCCGCUGAGCCUCGGUGGCCG